ACAAUACGAACCCUCCUCCUUUGUAAGGGUUUUAACGACUGCAAGAGCGGCGGCUUCGACUUGCAAGCACAGGGCAAAUUGAUCGACGAUGGCGAAGAAGCGAACUAGGUUGACGAACCCAGAGCCGUUCCUUGCCGGAACGGAUUCUGUUUCCGUCGCCUCAUCAAGCAAACGAUCAAAAGCUCCCAAAUCUCACCAGCAACAGCAGAAGCUUAUAUCGUCUGGUAUGAGCUCGAAGAUACUUAAGGAGGCUCUCUUUCAGCAAAAGGAAAUUGACGAGGAAGAGGCUCGGGAACAGAACCCUAAUGGUUUAGUUUUUACGGAAGAGCGGAGAGAUGCGGUCGAGGAGGAUGAUGACGACGACGCUGAUUUUGAUAACUUUGUAGGGUUUUCUGAAACUCAGAGUCAGUAUGGUGACUUCGAGGACAAGAUUGAUGAAGAAGAGGAGAGGCUACUCGAGGCUUUCUUAUCAACAAAUGAUACACCACAGAGGACAUUGGCUGACAUCAUUGUUGAGAAAAUAAAAGAAAAGGAUGGCCAAGCUUCAACAGAACAGCAACCAAUGCCCAAGUUGGAUGACUCCAUUAUUGAGUUGUACAAAGGUGUUGGUAAACUUCUUAGCAAAUACACCUCAGGCAAAAUUCCAAAAGCUUUUAAGCACAUACCUUCAGUACGGUAUUGGGAAGAAGUCUUAUAUUUGACUGAACCGGCUAAAUGGUCACCAAAUGCUAUGUACCAAGCAACAAGAAUUUUUGCUUCCAAUAUGGAUACCAAGAAGGCAGGACGCUUUUACAAGCUUGUUUUGCUUCCCCGUGUCAGAGACGAUAUCAAGAAUAAUAAGAGACUGCAUUUUGCCCUGUAUCAGUCUUUGAAGAAAGCUCUUUAUAAACCAGCUGCCUUUAAUAGGGGAAUCUUGUUACCUUUGUGUGAGUCACGGACUUGCUCUAUAAGGGAGGCUGUGAUUAUUGGGAGUAUUAUUCAAAAGACGUCUUUUCCUCAUCUUCAUGCUAGUGUUGCACUCAUGAAGCUUGCUGAAAUGGAGUACUGUGGUACAACAAGUUACUUCAUUCAGGUACUGAUUGAGAAGAAAUAUGCUUUGCCAUAUCGUGUCCUUAAUGCUAUGGCUGCUCACUUCAUGAAAUUCAAUGAGGAGUCAAGGGUUAUGCCAGUAAUCUGGCACCUAUCACUUCUUUGCUUUGUGCGGAGAUACAAAGCUGAUUUAAGGAAAGAGGAUAAAUCUAAUAUAAUCACUCUGGUGGAAAGGCAAAGGCAUCAUCUGAUUACACCAGAGAUACUACGGGAGCUAAAUAACAGUCGAAGUCGUGGGGAAAAGGAGGAUGACCCUAUGUUGAUAUUACCUACUCCUGUUUCUGUUAUCAACAAAAUGAUUGAAGAAGAUAGGUUUGAUAUCCCAGAAGUUCCUAUGGAAGAAGAUUAAAGUUAUAUUUGGUGGCUUUUCCUUGUGUCAUGUCCAAGAUUUUGAUAGUAUUGUUUGGAUUGAUUCAUUUCAUCGAUCCAUUACAAAUGCUCUCCCAGCUGUAAGAAUUGAAGACCCUGGGUGAAUGUCAACAUAAGCUGUUACCGAGUUUAAUUAGUUUUUGAUAAUUGAUAUUGUUGUAGCAUAAAUAGUCCAGUCCAUUUUGCAGUAUUGCCUACAAUAUUUUUCUGUUGAAUUCUUGAUUCUCCUCAUAUAGGACAGGUCAAUUUAUGUUCAAUUUACAGUAUUGCUUACUCUAA